AUGUCUACUGUCAAGUGUUUAAUUGAUGUUGCUAUUAAGAAGAAUUGGUCUUUAUUUCAGAUUGAUGUUAAUAAUGCAUUUCUUCAUGGUGAGUUAGAUGAGGAGGUCUAUAUGAAAUUACCUCCUGGCCUUUCUAUUUCAUCUCCUUCUUCUUCUACUCCUUUGGCUUGCAAGUUGAAAAAGUCCCUUUAUGGUCUUAGACAAGCUUCGAGGCAAUGGUAUGCCAAAUUGCCUCAAGCUUUAUAUUCUAAAGCUGUUUAUGUUGAUGAUAUUAUCCUUACUGGUGAUGAUUUAUAUGAGAUUUCAGCUUUGAAAAACUUUUUAGAUUCUGAGUUUAAGAUAAAAGACUUGGUCUCUCCUUAUUAUUUUUUGGGUAUUGAGGUCAAUGCCUUACCUGAUGGAGUUAUAUUGAAUCAGAGGAAGUUCACUUCUGACUUACUCAAAGAGUAUGAUUGCAUGGAUGUUCAUUAUAUUGUUAGCCCAUUUGAUUUGAAUCAGAAGCUUAAGGCUGAUGUUGGGGAUCUCCUUCCUAGUCCUAAGAAGUACAGAAGCCUUGUGGGGAAGCUAUUGUUCUUGACUCAUACCCGGCCUGAUAUUUGCUUUAGUGUUCAACAUCUGAGCCAGUUUAUGCAGACUCCCCGGGUUCCUCAUAUAAUUGUUGCUCUUCAUUUGCUAAGGUACCUCAAGGGUACUCCUGACCUUGGCCUUUUUUACUCUAACUCUACUGAUUUCUCUAUCAAAGCUUAUUCUGACAAUGAUUGGGUUGCUUGCCCUAACACUCGCAAAUCUGUUUCUGGUUUUUGUAUUUUCUUGGGUGAUAGCCUUGUUGGCUGGAAAUCGAAGAAACAACCUAUGAUUUCUCUUUCUUUCGCUGAAGCUGGGUAUAGGGCUAUUAGUACGGCUGUUGCUGAAUUGGUUUGGCUGUCCAGGUUGUUGCAUGAUCUUACUAUUGAUGUUUCCUUCCCCAUUUCUAUUUUUGUGACAAUAUGA